GUUUAUUUACAUUUUCCAGUAACCUUCCUUCGCCUUACUUGCGUUCUUGUGCCGUGGUUUAGCUAAACAUUUUAGAGUUUUACAAGUUGUUUUGGUGAUUUAUUUGCCGAUUAUUGUGAUAAAUUACCUAACAUUUCGAAAAAGUUGUGAAUAUUGUGCAGUGUGGGUUCUAGAGUGUUGGAAUUCAUCCAGAUUUCCCAGUUUUCCGGACGCAUAUUCCUUUCCCAAACAAACACCUGUUGAACAGGUUGAACAUCAAGGGCGAAUAAAACAAAGCAGAUAAUCGUCCAUUUUCUUCUGAGAAAGAUCAGCGUCAACGUCAUUCUUCGGCAUCAUAAGUGAAACGAUUCCGCGAACCAUCGACAGCUGGGGCAGACAACAACUGUGACAAGAUUACCGCAAAGAUUUACUCGGCAGUCAUCUCGUAGAGUUGAACUCGUCGUGAACUCAAGGCGAGGAGGCAAAGUGGAAGUGGAAUAUUAAAUUUCGGUGAAUUACGCAGGCUGUUGUUGAGUUGAAAAUGGAUGCAAAUGGAAUUCGCUUCGACUCCGGCUCCAGUGAGCUGAAUCAAAGGAUAUCCGAAUGGCUCAACUGGGAUAAGAACGAAAACACUCUUAACGAGAUCAAAUCGCUAGUGAAGAGUUCAGAAUGGAAAGCGCUUUCCGCGCGAUUAUUGAAGCGGCUUGCAUUUGGAACGGCCGGUCUCCGUGGGGUGAUGCAGGCAGGCUUCAAUGCCAUGAACGAUCUGGUGGUGAUUCAAUCGGCACAAGGACUUUGCAAGUACAUUCUUGAGUGUUAUCCGUCGGCAUCGGACCGGCAACGUGGUAUUGUGCUAGGUUUCGACGGACGACAUAACAGCAAGAGAUUUGCUGAACUGAGUGCGUGCGUAUUUCUUACCGAAGGUAUUCCGGUGUGGCUAUACAGUCGAACAGUAGCAACACCGUUUGUUCCAUUUGCUGUAAAGGAGCUGGGAUGCCUCGCAGGUAUUAUGGUUACGGCGUCGCAUAAUCCGAAAGAGGACAAUGGCUACAAGGUGUACUGGACGAACAGUGCUCAGAUUAUUUCUCCUCAUGAUAAGAAUAUCCAGGCUAACAUCUUGCAGAAUCUGAUACCUCUCGAAUCUUCCUGGAAUCUUGAUCUGCUGAAAUCGGAUCAGCUGAAAGACCCGUACGAUGCUAUGACGAACCUAUAUUUCGAAAAGCUUGCCGAAAAUGUCCCUAAAGCAUUCGUGUCCGAAUACAACCGCAAGAGCUCGCAACGGUUCGUUUACUCGGCCAUGCAUGGCGUCGGGUAUCCGUUCAUCGAGCGAGGCUUCGAAACCAUUGGACUGCAACCGGUGAUUGCGGUCAAGGAACAACGAGAUCCGGAUCCUGAAUUUCCCACCGUUAAAUUUCCCAACCCGGAAGAGGGCAAAUCGAGUUUGGUCCUGUCGAUAAAGCUAGCGAACGAAACCGGCUGCGAUGUGAUUCUGGCAAACGAUCCAGAUGCCGAUCGGUUGGCUUGUGCCGAGAAGGAUCCUAGCACUGGAGAAUGGCGUGUUUUCUCGGGCAACGAGUUGGGGGCGCUGCUUGGAUGGUGGUCAAUCCGCUGCUAUCGUGAACAGUAUCCGGAUUGCAGCCUUGCCGAUUGCUAUUUAUUGGCAAGUACCGUCAGCUCGAAGAUGUGCAGAUCUAUCGCAAACAUUGAAGGUCUUCAUUUCGAGGAAACCCUGACGGGGUUCAAAUGGAUGGGCAACAAAUCCGUGGAUUUGAUGGGCGAAGGUAAGAAGGUGUUAUUCGCCUUCGAGGAGGCUAUCGGAUUCAUGUGUUCUCCAACUGUUCUGGAUAAGGACGGAGUUAGUGCAGCGUGUCAGUUGGCAACGAUGGUGUGCUACCUGAAGAGCACCUCUAAUCAGACACUGUCGGACAAACUGAACGAGUUGUACGAUAUCUACGGUUAUCACUAUGCAGUGACGUCCUAUCAUUUCUGUUACGACCCGGUAGUGAUAGAGCGUAUCUUUGAAAGAAUCCGCACGAUGGAGGGUGCCGAUUGUGGUUAUCCGAAGGCCAUCGGCGAUGGUCAAUAUAAAAUUGAAUCGAUUCGUGAUUUGACAACCGGAUACGAUUCUACGCAAGCCGAUGGAAAGGCGUUGCUGCCUUCGAGUAAGAGCUCGCAAAUGGUUACAUUUUCGUUUGAGAACGGAGCGGUCAUAACUCUCCGAACGAGUGGCACUGAACCGAAAAUCAAGUACUACGCCGAGAUGUGCGCCAAGCCUGGUGAGAGGGAUUGGAACGCAUCGAGGAAAACUCUACGAGAAAUGGUAGAUCGCAUCGUCGAAGAACUGCUCGAACCAGCAAAGAAUAAUCUCACUCCCCGCUCUGAAUAAGGAUUUCGGAUCCUGCUGCGUUGCACUCACAGAAAAAAACACGCUGUUGUAAAGCCACCAUUGAGUGUAGCACGGUGAAUGUUGUAAUAAGUUUUAAAUUUAUUCCCGCUUGGCGUUCUUUGUAGGUAAUCCAUUGAGAGGCUAGUACGUACUCAACUUAGUUUUGCCCACAUAUAGUGUUGUGCUACUCUAAGGCUAGUUUGGGAACGCUAAACGAUUGAAACUAUUUAAUCUUUCUCUGAAUGAGCACACUGCUACGCCUGCUAAUUCGAUUUUACCUCAUUAUGAAGUGGUAUACUGUACCCUACACACACAAAAUUGAUCUACAAUUUGCAUCUCUCUAUUAGACCGUUGAAUGUUUUUACUUAUUCUUCUUAAGUAGUGAUACAGGAAUUAAAGAUAAAUAAGUUGCUAUUUAUUUUCAAGUGCUCGAUCUGUAAAGGUACUAUCUGUUACCUAAGGGUUUCACAGUCAGAGUGAAUAAACUGGACUACGUACGACGUUUGAUGAAGAGUUUAUACUGUAUUAGAAUUCUGUUUAACAGAGGCUUACACGAUAAAAACAGUUCUUAAAAAUGUUUUCAGAGGGGUAAUACGUUAGAGAUAAUUUAAUUUUGUUUGAUGAGAAUAAAAAGACCAGAUUGUGUGCAAAAAAAAAAAGUUGUUUCAUUUGACCGCGAGUAACUGUCGAUAGUAACAUUUGGGGUAACGACCAAAACCGAAAUGCACAAACGA